UUAGGGUUACACGUUCUGUUCUUGUCGUGAAUGGUCUUAAAGGUGAAAUCUUUGGAUGACUUCUUAUACCAACCGAUCCUGUGUUCCUCGCAUUUGCCUCCUCUUCUCCAUUACGCUCCUACAAACAUGAAUGACUUCAGGGAGAGCAAGCAGUACUGCUAUUUCCACCCCAAGCAGUUGGUCGUGGGGAUAUGUGCUCAGUGCUUGAGAGACAGGCUCCUGGUCUUGGAAUCCAAACAAGCUCAUCUUCCUCGAACCAAGGACGGCAUUAGGUCAUUCAGAGUCUUGAAGAGGAAAUCCAUCAUCGCCCUUCCUAAAAUCUUCGCUCUGGGCUCUUUCGUACAUCUCCUCGAGCCCCAUCAUCGUGAGAACAAAGAUCACUCCGAAGACGAAGGCUCCAUUGACAGCCUUGAAGACUCAUUCAUAACGAUGAAGUUUGAGGAUGAUGGACAAGCUUCAUGGAAUACUGACGGCAAAAGAAAGAGCAUCGAGUCUUGUGCAAACAACAUAAUGAGCGAUGACACCAAGGUGGUAAGAACAGCACUGGUGGAGCACUCAAACCCCUGUGGGGUGCUGAGAUGGCGAAAGAGAAUCGGACAGCUUCUCCAGCUUGGACGUUGGAAGCGGUCCAACAAGGCAAGCACAUGCCAUGUCGGAUUUAGAGGGAAGGUGGAAGGAGUCAAGGGAAGGAGAGGUUGGAUAAGGAGCCUCACAAGGAGGACCACCAGCAGUGACUAGUGGAGAGUGGCAGGCUAUGCAUUAUGAACUUUAGCUUUCCUUCACCCAAUUUGAUGUCAACUUUGCUGAAAAGUAUUGGAUGAGUAAAUCAAACACAUGAGACUUGAGUUUUGACUGUAUACUGUACAGCAUCAAGCUAUAAUAAAUCAUGGCAAAAAGGGGUUCAUUUUCAA